CAGAAUUUCAUAAUAAUUUUACGUUUUUAUCUACUGGAACGGGAUUAGCAAUUGCGAACAUCGUUUGAAAUGCUAACGAUUAUCGUUGUGUUCUUUAAUUUGACAAUUACAGUUUUUACACUCGGAAAGUUUCUGCCUUUGAAAUUUUUUACUAAGAAAUUUUUUGGACUGUUAACAAAAUGCCUUCGAUUAUUACUUCUAUAUGUCGUAUUUACUUCUUGGCGUCAGCCUUCACCGAGUUUCCCACUCAUUGUUGAGAAUGAAAGGUUCGAUGUGUUAAGAAGCAGUGGCAUUUCGUCGAAGCAUGCAUCUGGCAUUUACCUCUCAUCGCCAGAGAAGUGCGUCUCUGACUGUGACCAGAGCUUGCACUGCAUGGUUGCUCUCACCACCGCAGACCUCAAUCUUUACUACUCCUGUCUUCACUUCGAACAUCCCCCAGCCUUCUUCGGUGCCGUGCCUUGCAACCACUCCUCGUCGCUCAUCUACCUGAAGAAAUCCAUCGUUGAUGAAGGAAGCUUUUGGGGGGAAGUAUUUUACUUCUUAAGUCCUCAUGAAAUGACGUAUGUUGAAGCUGUCGAGUUUUGUGAUCGCAAGGACUUUUACCAACUGGCGCAUCAGUGGCGGGAUUCUAGCAUCUGGACAGUCCUGGGCAGUCACAUGGUGGGACUGGUCGCUUCUAGAGACGUUUCUUAUCCGGGAAUAUUCUUCAAUUUUGUCGACGCUGACUACAAGAGUCAACAAAUCAGACAAUCAUUUGAGCUGCACGCCGUGAACCUGGGAAAUAUUUCCGGUCGCCUACGGCUACAAAUCGGCCUUGUUUACAAAGCGUUUAAUUACGUCGUCCCAAUUAAAAAUUCAUCGGCAAAGGCCUUUGCCUUGUGCCAGGGUGAUUUUUUCAACAUAAUGGAAAUGGCAAACCAAAAGUUUCCUGGACUAUGUCUGUUUUAAAAUUAUUUUUUAGUCUUCGAGUAUCUAGUUUGCGGCGACGACGAAGACUUCGUGAUGUCCCCACAAUAAUUUUAAAGCUGGACAAGUCAUGUUGAUAAAAAUAAUAUGAAGCAGCGGUGAUGAAAACAGUAAGUAGUGAAAUGUAUUGAAUAGUUGUAGCUGAAAUUUCUGGUUGGUGUUCUUAUGUUGGUUUUAAAAAAGGCGCCAUGUGUGAGUAUUUUAAAACGACCGCGUCGAUUUGUUCAUACGAUUUGACUCACGAAUUGACGACCGAUUAUUUUAUAUAUCUGCUAAACGUUUUAGGUAAUGAUUAUUUUUGUACCAAUCAAGCUAGAAUAAUUUCUAUAUACAUUUGACAAUCCUUAUUCUUUAA